AUGAGGGUUCAGUAUCUUGUUCAUGCCCUGUGUCUUCUCAAGACAAUUGAGGCACAGAGUCCGAAAGACGAAUUUGAUGCAAUAUGCGCCUCCGAACCCUCCCAAGACAGAGAAUUCAAGACCCUGGACAAUGGGUACAAAUUCCAGUAUAUCUGCAAGCAAACCGGAGCCUCUGCCAACUCGAUCGAACCUACUUUAACUGCGGAAACAAUUGAUGAGUGUGCCGCAUUUUGCGCCUUUCGGGACGAUUGCAAAGGAAGCACAUGGAUUCACACCUUCCAAUCAUGUCAGCUUUUCACCAGUGCGGACGAUCUUCAAUCCCGCCGCAUAGGAGUCUUUCUGCGCCGUGACUCGCCAAUUCGAGGCUCAGAAACUCCUGUCAACCCAAAAGCCCAAUUUGAAGCUGUCUGUGAUAAUCUAGAUGGAGAAUUCACAACCCUCGACAACGGAGAGAAGUUCAAAUAUGUGUGCAGACAGGCUGGUGUUGCUGCCAACUUGAUCGAGCCUGUCUUGGAGGCCGAGACUAUCGACGAGUGUGCUGCUCUAUGCGCCGCUAAUGAAAAGUGCAAAGGAAGCACUUGGAUCCACACAUUUGGGUCCUGCCAGCUGUACACGAAUGGGGAUGAAUAUCAACCCCGACGCACUGCCGUGUUCCUACGUCGUGAGAUCACAGGCAAUGAUUGUACCCACGUGGAGUCCGAGCUUAAAGACUGCGAGGCAUCGGAGGCAAAGCUCAAGGAGUCGGAGCUUCAGCUACAAGAUGAAAUUCAAUCGUGUCUCGACUACAAAGACCAGCUCGAGGCCACACAGACAGAUCUUGAGGAGAAAGUUGGAAAAUGCAAAGACUGCGAGACGGAGAAAGCUGAUCUUCAACGACAGCUGGUGAAGGCACAAAAAUGCGAAGUCGAAAAUGAAUAUAUUACCGAUUUGACUCAGCAAUUACAGCAAUGCCACCAAGACACUGCCUCCAGUGCCCAGCAGUUGCAGCAGUGUAAUAGCAAUGCCGCAACUGGCGCUCAACAGUUACAGCAAUGUAGGAGUGACGCUGUGAGCAACACUCAGCAGUUGCAGAAAUGCAAGACUGAUGGUGUGAUCAGCAGUCAACAGUUGCAGCAGUGCCAGGAUGAUGCUACAAAAAGUUCUCAGCAGUUGCAGCAGUGCCAAAAUGAUCUACAACGAUGCAGAACUGAUGCUGCGACUAGCACCCAGCUUCCCCAAAUAAAGGACUGCAAAUAUGGUGGCUCUGACCAGAUCAUCAAUAUUGGGAACCGGUCUUUCAAGCAGAAGUGUCCCGUCUCUUUGGCCAAGAACCGGAUGCCUUUGAGCAGGGUGGUGCAACCAGGCCUCACGAAGUCGGAGUGUCUCCUGAUCUGCGCCCUUGAUUCCACAUGCGUGAGCGUUUAUUAUGUGGGUGGUACUGCCACAGUUGGUGAAUGCCAACUUCAAAAUAGAAACAUUGAAUCUAUGCUGGGCAGGAGUGGCCCGAGUUACGGAGAUCGUGACUGGGCUUUUGUCCCUGUGUGA